AUGUCUCCCAUUAAGAAGAUCGCUGUUGUCGGUGGGUCUGGAAACCUUGGACCGAAUAUCCUCUCUGGUCUGUUGUUGAGCGGCUUUGAGGUCACCGUUAUUUCGAGAAAAGAAUCAAAGUCCACUUUCCCUCCCGAAAUCACCGUCAAAAAGGUCGAUCUCACUUCCGAGGAGUCCAUUGCGGAGGCAUUGAAGGGUCAAGAGGCUGUUGUCUCCGUUGUGGGAACAGAUGGCUUUACUAGCCAGAAAAUUCUCAUCGACGCCGCUGUCGCCGCCCAAGUCAAGAGAUUUAUCCCCUCAGAGUUUGGCAUCAAUACCCGCAAGGCCCGCGGCUCAAAGAUAGGCGGCGUUUUAGCAGCCAAGAUCCAAACUGUCGACUACUUGAUUGAAAUCUCCGAAAAGAACAGGUCGUUCACCUGGACUGGGAUUGCUGCCGGACCUUUCUUUGACUGGAAUUUCAGUGGCCACGUGCUGGGCUUCGACAAACACAGUAAGACUGCCGACAUUUUUGACUCAGGCAAUGAGCCCUUCUCUUUGUCCACCUUUGGCUUCAUCGGCAAUUCAGUCGCUGGAGUACUGAAGAACCUCGAGGCCACUGCCAACAAGUACAUUGAGAUUGCCUCCUUCACGACCACCCAGCGAGACCUACUCAAGAUUAUUGAAGAGGAGACUGGCUCCACAUUCACGGUCAGGAACGUCAAGACCUCGGACCUGGAGAAGACAGCCGACGAAAAGCUAGCAAAGCACGACUAUAGUGCUUUCAUCGAGCUUCUCCAGCAGCACGUUUUUGGCGACGGAAAUGACAACGCCGUAAAGGAUAAUGCUGCUAUAUCGCUUCUGGGCCUACAGAAGGAGGACCUGAGGUUAGAGACGAAGAAGGCCAUCGCCGCAUGGACCUAG